AUGGAAGACUUAUUCGAAGGUUCAGAUACAUUGUCCAUGUCUCCACCUAAUGUGGUUAGUGAAGACCCACUAUCAUUGCCAUGUGGUUCAGAAAUAAUGCCAACCCCAAUUCCGGAAAUGCAUUCAAUAAAGUGGAAGGGUUUGGUUAUUAGAGAAGGACAAAUUUUUCCUAAUGCAGUGACCCUUAGACAAGCACUAUAUAGGUAUAGUAUUGCUGUGAAGUUUUCAUACAAGUUUGUGAAGAACAAUCAACAAAAGAUCAUUGUGAAGUGUAUGGUGGAGGGAUGCCCAUGGUAUAUGGGUGCACACUCAAUGGGACAAAGACAAGAUUUUGAGUUCUUAAUAAUUAGAACCUUAAGAAGUGAGCAUGUGCAUUAUGCACAGGACAGCUUAGUUGUAUCUCACUCUGGAGGGUCAAACUUAACAUCAUCAAUCAUGAUAGAUUCUUUGAAGUGUAAUAUAGACAAGAAUGCUAAUGAAAUUAGAAGAGAUUUGUACAGAGAAUAUGGGGUGCGACUAAAUUAUAGUCAAGCAUACAGGGGUAAAGAAAGAGCAUUGAGGGAAAUACAUGGUCGUGCACAGGAUUCAUACAUGGUGAUUCCCUGGAUUUGUGAAAGGCUUACUGAAACUGAUCCAAACACAAUUGCUCGAUGGGAAGGGUUGGAUAGUAACAGAUUUGAGAGGGUGUUCAUUGCUUAUGGAUACUCAAUUAAUGGAUUUUUAGAAGGGUGUCGACAUAUACUUUAUAUAGAUGGCUGUCAUCUAAGUGGUCCUUACAGGGGGACAUUGAUUUCAGCUAAUGCAUAUGAUGCGGACAAUGAACUGUUUCCAUUAGCAUAUGCUAUAGUUAAUGGGGAGACAUAUGAUGAUUAG